GACGAACGAAAUAAGAAUUGAGCAGCACUAUCGCCAGCGCACCCGCCAGCCUCUCUCCCGCAACCCCCAUCCACCGCGCUUCCUUCAUUGAGUCGUUACGGUCAUGGGCGCGUCCGAAGAGCUCGAAUACCUCAAGUCGCUGGUUGCCCAACUCAACGACAAAAUCUCGGCCCUCGAGGAGCGAGCGAAGGGCGCCGUGACGCGGAAGACGCCUGCUCAGCAGCUCCGGACAAUUCUCAUAGGCCCCCCGGGUGCCGGCAAGGGUACGCAGGCACCGAGAAUACGGGAUGAGUUCUGUGUCUGCCAUUUGGCUACCGGGGACAUGUUGCGUGACCAGGUGAACAAGAAGACACCGCUCGGUGUCGAGGCAAAGAAGAUCAUGGACGCUGGUGGACUGGUCAGCGAUGAGAUCAUGGUCGGAAUGAUCAGGGAUCAGCUGGAGCACAACAAGGAGUGCAAGAACGGUUUUGUGUUGGAUGGCUUCCCUCGCACGGUUGUUCAGGCUGAGAAACUCGACUCCAUGCUUGCCGCCCGCAAGGAGAAGCUGGACUCGGUCGUAGAGCUCCUGAUCGACGACCAACUCCUCAUUUCUCGUAUCACUGGCCGCCUGAUCCACCCCGCCAGCGGGCGGACAUACCACAAGGAGUUCCACCCGCCAAAGAAGCCCAUGGUCGAUGACGUCACCGGCGAGCCGCUCAUCCAGCGCUCAGACGAUAACGUCGAGACGCUGCGCAAGCGGCUCGCCUCGUUCCACUCGCAGACGGGCCCCGUCGUCGACUAUUACAAGACAAAAGGACUCUGGAGGCCGAUAGAUGCUGCGCAGUCUCCGAGCGUCGUUUGGGACAAUCUCAGAAAGGUCUUUACCGAAGGUAAAUAGAGUGUAUACGCAGAUAUACUUGCCUAUAUUAUAUAACGUAAGAUCUUGGUAUACCUGGCGUUUUGUGAGUGGUG